ACGGGGAGUCGGCUACCACCAGGCCAGCUGAGGAUGCUUGUUGUUUCUAGAAACAGGAUUCAUCACCGGGCCGAGCGCUGAUCCUCCUCCGGCACACCGAGCGCUCCUCUCCCCGCUGCAGCCGUCCUGACCGCGGGGGCGCAGUUCGCCUGUCUGGCCCCGUCUGCCCGACGCUGUUUCUUUUUUUUUCUUCUUUUUGAUGCUCUUCCCCCCUCUUCCUCUAUUUCCUGAUGCAGGGCCGGGGAGGGGUGAGCCAAAGUGUGCACCGGAUAUUGGAAAACCCAUUCUUCUUGCUGAUGCUGUUGUGAUAAUAGAUCAUUAUCUGGACAACGCCGCAUCUUGCACAGAAAGCCACAUCCUGACCGAAACGAGGCCCCGGCUGGCUUGAGAAGAAGAAGAAGAAGAAGAAGAAAAGAAGAAGAAGAAGAAAAAAGGGGGGGGGGGAUGUAGCCUAUGAGCUUGGAAGCAUUAUGGAAACAUUUUUGGACGGUAGUAGCAGCAGCAGCAGCAGCAGCGGCAGCAGCAGUGAGGAGGGGGUCCCUGAUAUCGAUCAGAGAAUGGAUUCAAUCAGGCCAUUCUGACUUGGGAUAUUUGAGACUGUGCCCUUACAGGAAUCAAUCUGUGGCAAAUGUAGCCCUCAGGUCUGAAUGAGAUGAUCUUUUUUUCCCUGCUCCACUUUUGGCCAGCUGCAUAAGCUACAUAGGAUCAAUCAGCUUUAAACUACUGUUGUUAUUUAUAGCAGGAGGGUGGUGGAUUUGAUGGGACUACAUCUCCCAUCACCGGCACCGGUCAAACCUCAAACGUCCUCUUCUUUCGGAUCUUUUCUACCUUGCCUCUGAAUAAUGCUGCUUUCUGUGCUGUAGUGAAAGAGACACAAACCGAGACUGGGACAUAUGCUUCUUUAUCCCAUAGGCCUUGUAGAGUGUAAAACUGGGCCGGUUCUCACUCCCAGCGCGGACCUGGCCGCAUGACAAACAAGUGCAUGGGAGUAGCCUGCAGGGCCCGGCUUUAGAUCACGACAAGUCCUCCGCGCCUCUCCUCUCCGCCGCCGUGUAGCCGCCCGGGAUAUGUGCGUUACGGCAUUACGCACGGACCAGGAGCGACCGCUAUCUUGAUCUGCCUCAUAUAUAUAUAUAUAUAUAUAUAUCAGGAAUAGGAUUUCACCUUUGGGAAAGGAUGAGCAGCAAGGAGCUGACGGUGGGCCAGUCCAGCCAGUAUGUGGGGCCUUACCGGCUGGAGAAGACCCUCGGGAAGGGACAGACAGGACUGGUGAAGUUGGGUGUCCACUGUAUAACGGGACAGAAGGUGGCCAUAAAGAUUGUCAACCGAGAGAAACUCUCUGAAUCAGUUCUAAUGAAGGUGGAGAGAGAAAUAGCUAUUCUUAAACUAAUAGAGCACCCUCACGUUCUGAAGCUGCAUGAUGUCUAUGAGAAUAACAAAUACCUGUACCUGGUUUUGGAGCAUGUGUCUGGCGGAGAGUUAUUUGACUACCUGGUGAAGAAGGGCAGGCUGACCCCCAAAGAAGCCAGGAAGUUCUUCAGACAAAUCAUCUCCGCCCUUGACUUCUGCCACAGUCACUCCAUAUGUCACAGAGACCUGAAGCCAGAGAAUCUUCUCCUGGAUGAGAAGAAUAACAUCAGGGUAGCAGACUUUGGCAUGGCGUCGCUUCAAGUCGGGGACAGCCUGUUGGAAACCAGUUGUGGAUCCCCACAUUAUGCUUGCCCAGAGGUCAUAAGGGGGGAGAAGUACGAUGGUCGCAGAGCAGAUGUUUGGAGUUGUGGAGUCAUCCUCUUUGCUCUUCUUGUGGGUGCCUUGCCCUUUGACCAUGAUAACCUGCGGCAGCUUCUCGAGAAAGUGAAGAGCGGGGUAUUCCACAUGCCUCACUUUAUACCUCCCGACUGUCAGGCUUUGCUUAAAGGAAUGAUAGAGGUCAACCCCGACAAGAGACUCACGCUAGAAGCAAUACAGAAACACCCCUGGUACCAGGGUGGUCGUAAUGAGCCUUGCCCAGAGCAGCCGCCCCCUCGCCGGGUGUGUGUGAAGAGGAUCCUGUCCUUAACAGACCUGGACCCUGAUGUCCUGGAGAGCAUGUACUCCUUAGGGUGCUUCAGAGACCGGGUCAAACUCACACAGGACCUUACAAGUGAGGAGGAGAACCAGGAGAAGAUGAUCUACUACCUCCUAUUGGACAGGAAGGAGCGCUACCCCAGCUGUGAAGAUGAGGAUCUGCCUCCCAGAAAUGACCUAGACCUCCAAGACCCACCCAGGAAGCGUGUGGACUCCCCCAUGCUGACGCGUCAUGGCCGUUGUCGUCCAGAGAGGAAGAGCUUGGAGGUCCUCAGUGUCACAGAACAGGGGUCUCCCACCCCACCUCGCAGGGCCCUGGACACUAAUGCACACAGCCAGAGGUCUCGUUCAGUCAGUGGGGCAUCCACAGGCCUGUCCUCCAGUCCUCUCAGCAGUCCCAGGAGCCCGGUCUUCACUUUCAGCCAAUCAGAAGUCACCUCCGCUCCUUCCUCCAAAGACCCCAAACCAGGAAGUGCCACCACCUCCCGGCCUACCCGCCCAGCACCCGACUCAAAAACACAGACCCUGCCCUCAAAGGGCCCCGCCGACCGGCCCCAACUCCACUCCAUGAAGUCCCUCCCUCUGCAGACUCCACGCUCCCCUUCCCCAUCCCCCUCUCCACUCCUCUCCCCCAUCCCACGCUUCUUCAACUUCCCCUCUCCGUCUGUCUUUAAGUCCAAGAACGUCCACUCGUCCUCUAACUCCUCUGCCACCCCUCCUCCUGUGUCGCAGGUCACGCCGCAGGGCUCGCCGCUGCCCACCCCGCUGGGCACGCCUGUGCACCAAAUCCACCACCCUUCCUCCACCACCCCUCCCUCCUCUUCCUCCUCGUCUUCUUCUUCCAGAGCGGACGGAGCCGGCGGGGCCUCGCUGUCACUGACGCCGCCCUCCAGCCCGGGCGGCAGUGGCGGUCUGGCCGGCUCGAGCUCCGCCCACUGGAGAACAAGACUCAACUCGUUCAAAAACAACCUUCUGGGCUCGCCACGCUUCCAUCGGCGCAAACUGCAAGUCCCCACAUCAGAGGACAUGUCCAGUUUGACUCCAGAGUCCAGUCCAGAACUGGCUAAGAAGUCCUGGUUUGGCAACUUCAUCAGCCUGGAGAAGGAGGAGCAGAUCUUUGUUAUGAUUCGAGACAAGCCACUCAGCUCCAUCAAGGCUGACAUCGUCCAUGCUUUUCUCUCAAUCCCAUCCCUGAGCCACAGUGUGGUGUCUCAGAACAGUUUCCGGGCAGAGUACAAGUCCUCUGGCGGCCCCUCGGUCUUCCAGAAGCCCGUCAAGUUCCAAGUGGACAUUGCUUUCUCCGAGGGAGAGAGGGAGCGAGAGAGGGAACGAGCAGAGGGGGAAGGGAAACGAGAGAUGGGCAUCUACAGCGUCACCUUUACUCUAAUAACAGGUCCCAGUCGCAGAUUCAAGAGAGUGGUGGAAACAAUCCAGGCUCAGCUCCUGAGUACUCACGAUCAGCCUUCUGUGCAGGCACUGGCUGGCCCCCCAGAUGAGAAGAACGGUCAGCUUUCCCGACAGCCCAGCACGCCUUCGCGUCAGAACUCCCGGCGUUCCGAGAGCGGAUCGGAGCGGGGGGAGAAGGAACGUGCGGCAGAUGGAGGGAGCGGAAGUGGAAGCGGCAGCGGCGGCGGCAGCAGCAGCAGCGGGACGGCCUUACAAAGGCAGGGCUCGGGGAAAGACAAGACCAGACUCCUCUCGUCGUCCAACGGGACACAGUCUCAUCCCUGAAGAGAAUGUUGUGGAAGAGAGGCCAGGGUCACCUGCCUGGCCUUUUUCUCUUCCUUCCCUCAAUCCUACCCACGUUAUUUCCUUCACUAUUUCAUUUCUUCCUGCCUUGCUUUCUACCAUUAUUCCAAAGCAAUGGGAUGGAAGAGGAGGGGGAAGUUUUUUCCCCCGAAGCUGAUUUUCGGGACAGAGAAUUGCCCACAAACGGCUGAUUUUAGCAGAAAUGCAUACUUGUGGGGGUGGCGGAAGCAGAUAGAGCUGAUCUCUAAUCAGCCUUCGUGAUGAAAAUCAGAUGUCCCAAAAAGUCCCCAACCUUACCAGAGAAAUAAAGGAAAAGCUCACACACGUCGUUCACCCCGACGAAUCAAGAAAGCACAUAACCUUCCCACCGACCUAUCACAUUGCAGCACACAGCUCAAAUCCAACAGGAAACCUCCAUCAGUCGGUCAAAAUGGCCCAGGAAGAUACCGGCCAAUGACAGAGUCCCGUAAGUCAUUCUGUUUUUAUCAUUUCCUGACCAGUCACCUGGAACAUCCACGUCUCCUCAACACUAACCUGACCCCAAACAGGAAAACCUUCUCUCCUCUCUCUUCUCCUCACUUUCUAACUCAAGACAAAUAGUGGCUUGUGUCUUCUCAAGCAAUGCAACAAAAGGAGGAUUUUAUCUUUUGAGAAAGAAUUAACAGGAAGAGUCUUGAUUUGGACUUGAUUGUUAAAGUGGAUUUUACCUGUAGAUAAUUAGCAAACGUAACGCCGUACUUUAACAAUCAAGGAGUCUGAGAGCAGAGAAAGAAAUGACGGGGAAUGGAUCCGACGUGGUCUCCGUUCUGUAGCCCCACGGCGAGGGGGAACAUCAAAAACCAGACAGACGAGACCACUUUUCCUCGAGCGUUUGAGAAGCAUAAAUUCCCACAAUUAUUUCCGAAUUACACUGAAGCUAUGACACCGCAUUGCCUUUAACGGAGGAGAAAAAGUGGAUAGCUAGGUAGAUUUAGCCCCAUUUGGAGGACACUAGUCACACCACAGGUAGAAUGUCUCACAAGUGAAAUCUCCCGCCGGAGGAGAGGGAGGUGAAUAGAUAGAUAGAGACUAAACAGAGGAUAGCUAGCAGCAGGUAUCCAUUGGGUAGCAAACGAAGGACACGAGAAAAACUAGCAGCAGAAAUGUAGAGCUGACUUAGAGAUGGCAGUGAUAGCCUGUUCUGUUAGGUGGGGAUCUUUUUCCAAGUCUCUCUCAAUACACCAUUCAUACGCCAUAUGUACAUUGAAAGAGUUCCAGUUUGCUGUAUAUUCUCCUGUACAUGCUGGCUGUGAAAGAAUCCCUUCCAAGUGUGACGCCACUGUAAAAGAUAGGGAACAAAGUCCACAGGCAAGCUAAUAUGCGGCGUCAUAAGUCUGCCUAACUGAUGUUCGGUAUACCAUGCAUGAUUUUUUUCUGUACUUUUAGCUCAAUGCUAUGUAUAUAGCUAUCAAGUGCACACUUAAAGCUAUAGUGCGUAGUUUCUGUCUCCCCCAUGAGGAAUUUCUAAGUAAUGACAACAAAACUGUCCACAUGACGC